AUGCCAUCAUCUGCCGAGCAAACUUUCAGCAUUUAUGAGCUUGCUGAGCAUAUAAUCCUGCAGCUGGAUAAUCCUGUGGAAAUCAUUCGCGCCCAGCGAGUUUGCCGUAACUGGAGAGACGUUAUCCAAACAUCCCCAGUCCUCCAGGAGGCCUGCUGGUAUCAAUCCAGUACUACGGACGCUCAAACGCGGUCAAUUUCCAAUGAACAGACAUGGAAACUGAACCCUGCUUUCAACCGAAUAGGCGUCUCAAUAUCCCGAGAUAAAGCAAAGGGUGGAGAUCAAGACCAGGGGGAUUUCAGCUUGGAGGAAGACUUCUACGACGAACCUGGAUCAUGGACGACCAUGCUGGCCACGCAGCCUCCCUGCCAGCGAAUGCUGGUUGAAUGCUACGGCGACUACUGUGAUGAUGAGAUAAUUUUCUAUCUAAUCGUAUCCAUGACCGGCUCUCUCCUUAUGGGCGACAUCAUGGCUGUUCUAGGAGAAUGCCGGAAUCGACAGCAAUACGGCCUAGACCGGUGGUGUGGAAUACGCCACUAUACAGGCCUGUUAGUCCGAUGGGAGGAGGACUACUGGGAAGGCUAUAGCUGGGUUGCUCUUGACAAAAUGCCGGAUGAUGUGUCAAUUAAUGUUGCGAUUGAGAUGCCUUGGGGAUCGGGGGGGUGCCCUGCCUUUUCUCUUCGGCGCGUCUACGGCACCGAGCACUUUCUGCAUGAAAUGAUCCUGCAUAAGAUGAUCAUGGGUCAAGGGCAUGAGUAUCAGUGGGAGUAUGCUUCAUCGGUCCCCCAAUACCGCCCUACGUGCAAGACAAAAUACAAGGCAAAUCUGUUGGUUGUAAAGGAGUAUCAGGAGGGAUAUCUGUCGACUUGCAGUAAUGUCUUCCGCCUACUAUCUGAUGUCAGUCAUUGA